ACUAAAAUGAGCGUCUACGGUGUUAUUCUUUUAAUUGCUGUUCUAGCUUUAGGUUCUUGCAAUGCAGUGAGAUGUAUUUUGACGUGUCACACACUUGCUGGCGACUACACAUCUGUUGAGAUAUAGUGACCAAAGUAUACAAGAAUUUUAAAAAGAAUCUACUUCUCGAAUCAGAAUUUUAAAUGAGAAUUUAAUUUUUUUAGAUAUAAAUUAGAGUUUGGUUUAUAAAAUAAUUCGUUAAUAUACAUACGCAUUUUUCAGACCUGGGAUAAUAAGCAGACAUGAAACCAUGAACCGCAUCAAAGUACUUUUUAUUUGAGCUAGGCAGACUGAUUAAACUAAUUAUUUGAUAAAUAAAUUUUAUUAAAUGCAAAUUUGUUAUUCACAUCUAUAAAAAAGAACUUAGUUAAAACUCUGAGACUGUUUACAAACUGAAGCUCACUUUAACUUUAAGGUAAUUUGGAAGUAUUUUAGUACCUCA